UUACAAUUGCAUGUAUGUAUAAGUAAAAUAAUAUCAGUCAAUAAUGUGAUCUUUGUUUAUAAAAAUAUGUAAUCGAUUUAAUCUAAUCUCAAUAUACAUAGAGUAACACAAAUGAUACACAGAAGUAGAGUCUGCCAAGAUUUAAGAACAGCGGAUAAGAGAAUAAAAGACGCAUUUGAUGCUUUCUGCUUUCAGUAUAACGUUUGAAGGCAUAAUGCUGUUUUUACAUAUUUUCUGUGUUUUGUUCAUUGGCUGCGUAUCAAGCGAGUAUUUUGUUUUAACGAAAACAAAUACAGAUAAUUUUGUGCCGCUUUCGACAGAAACACCCAAAUAUGUUCCAACUUGGUCUAGUCUAGACAAUCGACCGCUUCCAUCCUGGUACGAUGAUGCAAAACUUGGAAUCUUUAUUCACUGGGGUGUAUUCAGUGUACCUAGUUUUAGCUCUGAGUGGUUCUGGAAACAUUGGAAAGAUGAAAUUUUUUAUGGAAAAUUUCAUAAAUUUAUGAAAGAAAGAUAUCCUCCAAACUUUACUUAUCAAGACUUUGCACGUGAUUUUACUGCUGAAUUCUUCGAUGCAUCUCAGUGGGCUGAAAUAUUUAAAGCGUCAGGUGCAAAAUAUAUUGUACUGACAAGCAAGCAUCAUGAAGGAUAUACAUUAUGGCCAUCAAAAUAUUCAUUUAGUUGGAAUUCUAUGGAUGUGGGACCUAAUAAGAAUCUUGUUGGUGAACUGGAAUUUGCAAUUCGAAAUAAAACAAACUUAAAGUUUGGCUUAUACCAUUCUAUGUUUGAAUGGUUCAACCCUCUUUAUGUAGCUGAUAAAAGAAACAAUUUUACAACAGAUACAUUUGUGACUCAAAAAACAAUGCCAGAGUUACAUGAAUUAGUAGAAAUUUACAAGCCAGAUAUAAUAUGGUCAGAUGGGGAUGGAGAAGCACCAGACACUUAUUGGAAAUCAAAGGAAUUUUUAGCAUGGUUAUACAAUGAAAGUCCUAUAAAAGAUACAGUGGUGGUGAACGAUAGAUGGGGCCAAAAUAUACAAUGCCACCAUGGUGGUUUUUAUACAUGUGAUGAUCGCUUCAAUCCUGGUGUACUUCUUCCACACAAAUGGGAAAAUUGUAUGACUAUUGAUAAAAACUCUUGGGGAUUCCGCAGAAAUGCUAUUUUAUCCGACUAUUUUACAUCGGCAGGAUUAGUAAAAGAAUUAAUAACCACUGUAAGUUGCAAUGGAAAUUUACUGGUGAAUGUUGGACCAACAAAAGAUGGCAUUAUUUCACCAAUAUUUGAAGAUAGAUUGCGUGGAUUGGGCGCUUGGUUGGCGAUUAACGGAGAAGCCAUUUAUAAUACUAAACCUUGGACUGCGCAAAAUGAUACUUUGACAGGGAGUGUUUGGUACACGCAAAGUAAAGAUGAAAGCCAGCUAUAUGCCUCAAUUCUAGAAUGGCCGGAUAAUAAUACAUUGUUCUUAGGUUCGGUUAAAAGUAUUCCAUCAAAUACUCAAAUACAAUUACUUGGCUAUUCGUCAAUAAUUCCUUGGAAGCAAUCCAGAGAUAAAUUAGAAGUAAAUUUGCCUGCUGACGCACACAGAGGACAGGCAGCUUGGGUAUUAAAGAUUAAGAAAUAAUUACAUAUAAGAUGUAUUCUAUAAAAAUGAGUUUUCAGAGACAUA